AUGGGUGCCUGGGCUGCAAGGUCUAUCAGAACGCCAGAGUGCAGAGCCACCACCCCCGCAUUCUCCCGACUGGUAGCCAUCCACAGAUCCCAUAGUCGCAGUCAGGGCGAGAACAGCGAACGUAUCUUACAAGACAUCUACAAAUAUCAACGGCAUCCUCUAUCCAAUCAGCGAAAGAAAGAAGGACGCCAGGAUGGGCCUGCCACUCCAAGCCAGAGGCACUCAAGCUGGAGCUGGGGUUUUUUGCAGUGCCGUUCGGGUCUCUCUGAUACCUCAACUGGCCAGGGGAAUAAAUAUUGGAAUUUAGACUCUUACAAGCGCAUGGAGCUUUUGAAACAGUACAUUGAGGCCGACCCUUACCGUGCCCUCUUCGGGCGUAGAUUGGAUUCCUUCCGCAAGUCCGAGAGAUGCGAUACAUCAUGGAAUGACUUCCUUCAGUCGUCCUCAAGCACAGAAAGGCCAAUCAAAACCAGUUCAACGGGUGCAGCUCAAUGGCAGACAAGGAGCGACGACAAUCAUAUUGGACUCCAGUAUGACCCUAUCAGUGGUCGUAUGGCACCCAUGGCACCCAUGGCACCCAUGGCGCGCACAACAUCUCAGACUUUCAAUAGUGAAACAAACCUUGAGUCCCGUACAGGAAACGAAGGGGAGAAAAAGUUCACAGCUAAUCCAAGCUUGGUUGGAGGUGGAAAACAGGAUAAUUCUCAGUUGAAUACCGAGAGUCUGCUCGGCUCACAAUCGACGGCUGAAUGCACUCCAGGUAACGAGUUGGAAGCACUUUUUACAUCCAGCCCUACGACACAAAGUGCGCAGGCCAGAGUACAAGUUCCCGAGGAGACAACAAAGAAAGCAAAUGUCAAUAUUGAUUGGUCGCCUGGACACGAACUGGAAUCGUUGUUCAUUGCUGAAUCUGCACGCUCGAAACAAGCUGAAACAGCAAGAACUGAGCCCAACAGCACAGACAAGAAACCAAACUCGGAUGCGGGUCUCACCUCUGGUGUAGAUGUGGAGUGUCCCUCUGGAAGUGAACUCGAAGCCAAGUUCCUCUCUGAUCCGGCCAAUCGACCCGGCAAAAGUUUGUUGUCCGAAGUAAGCACUAAACACCCGGAUGCGUCGUCCAGAAAUAAUGUAGAUUGCCCACUGGGUAAUGAUUUGAAAGCCAAUCUCACUGCUGAGCUCGUUAGUCGGAACAUUGAAUCUGAUGAUCACGUUCAGACAAACACCGAAUCAGAGCAACUAAUCCCACGGGAAAGCGUUGACUGUUCCCCGGGCAGCGAAAUAGAAGCACAUAUAUUGUCUGAGUCGAUUAGCAAACAAAAUCGCCAGUCAGAAGUCAACCCGUUUGUCGAUUGUCCUCCUGGAAGUGAACUUGACGCCAAGCUCACUGUUGACCCAACUUCAGCUGAAGAUGGACCGUUCCAAGAGGCAAUGACCCCAAGCCUGGACACCGCAAAGUCAGCCAGUAUCAACGUUGACUAUUCACCUGGCAGUGAACUAGACGCAAUGCUCAUUGCUGAUUCCGCAAGUGCCAGUGGCUUCGAUGCGAACAACGAUCUUGAUGCCUUAGGUGCUAAUGAUACCAAUACUCAAUUCGCUUCAAAGUCGAAGGAACAUGAUCGCCCUUCGAAUUUUGAUGCUUUGGAAGGCCAAAUUGGUGACUUCAUCAUCCAAAACCAAACGCCCGCCACCGAAGAUAGUCCUCAAUUAUCAGCAUCCCAGCAGGCUUUCCCAGAAUUUCAUAUUUUCGCAUUCGACUCCUCAACAUCAAAAGUUAUGACCGCAAAAUCAGACUCAUUCUUCGACAUCGACGAAGAAACCCGCCCAAGUGAGAUUCUGUCACGACUCCAAAAUCCCGCGAAGUUCCUCCCGUACUUUGAGAAGAUGCAAAAAGACGGCUAUGAAAUAGUAGCCGGCGGAGGUAACAUUAUUGUUUUCCGAAAGAUUCACAGCGCCCUUCAUUCUACCCAAAAAACUGGAGAGCAAGACCCAGCAGUCCAUGCAGAAAUUGCAAAACAUGCUCAAGACUCAAAGGACUUCACUCCCCCACCUCGCGGAUCCUCGGGACAAUCCACUGCAGAGUCAAAUUCAGGAACUGGAUCAUCUAUCCUCGACCCCAAACCAAUGGCAGAGUCUCGAUCUUUCUUCCUCGCUGCAAUUCGCAGAAUGCUCUUUGCCGGAGCGGCUACUGCAGCAACUUGUUAUGCCAUCGGAGUGGUGACCGAGUUCUUCCGCACUGGCGGACAAUAUGGGCGUGGAGUCGACGGGUUUACUGUGUUUGAGUCGGAUCGUCGUCAUCGAGAGUAG